AUGAUUCCAAUCAUAAGUUUUUCUUCGCUCUUAUUCGGAAAUUGGCCAUUGAAAUGGAAUGAAAAGAACCAAAAAUUUGAGAUUUGUUAUUAUUUCUUUUUUACUUCAAUUUUUAUGUUUAUUUAUUUCUGCUAUUCAUUUUCCAUGGUGUUCGAUGUCAUAAUAAAAGAUGAUUCCAUAGUCAAUAAUCCACAAUACUUUAUCAUUUCUUUAGUAUACUUAAAUCCUGGAGUACUGGUUAUAAACAGGUUGAUGAACGUCCGGAACACCGUCCGUUUCGCGAACGAACUGAAAAACGGCUGCGGCCGGACCGUGGAGUCGGGCCGUCACCUGCCCGAGUUCUGGCUCCGGACCGCCGGUUGCGUUGUUCUGCUGGGCAUGGUGCACUACAAGUACCGGAUAUUCGCGGGCAUGCCGACCGCCGCCAUCAUGGUGAGCACCACGAUUCCGCUUGGCUGCUGCAUGUACUGCGGCUCGACGAUGGAGUGCCAGUACGCGGCGGCGUGCGGCGCGCUCGCCCGGAGUUCGCGUCCGUCAACCGCCGGGCCGGGACUGAACCGCGACGCCUCCGCGGGCCCGGCCUCGGCGACCCGCGGUCCGCCGCGGACAGGCUGGCUGGGCUGUCGGACGAGCACCGCCGCCGCCUCACCAGGCUCGUCCGGCUGUUCAACGACGAGUACGGCGCGCCGAUAUUCUUCACCACCGUCGGUCUGCGUUCGUAUGCCGAUAGCGCCAUGA